AUGGAGCAGGUAAAUGAGCUCAAAGAGAAGGGCAACAAAGCCCUGAGUGCUGGCAACAUUGACGAUGCGUUACAGUGCUACUCUGAAGCCAUUAAGUUAGACCCCCAGAACCAUGUGCUGUACAGCAAUCGCUCAGCGGCCUAUGCCAAGAAAGGAGACUACCAGAAGGCUUAUGAGGACGGCUGCAAAACCGUUGACCUAAAGCCUGACUGGGGCAAGGGCUAUUCACGAAAAGCAGCGGCUCUUGAAUUCUUAAACCGGUUUGAAGAAGCCAAGCAAACCUAUGAGGAGGGUUUAAAACAUGAAGCAAACAAUCCUCAGCUCAAAGAAGGUUUACAGAAUAUGGAGGCCCGGUUGGCAGAAAGGAAAUUCAUGAACCCUUUCAACAUGCCUAAUCUGUACCAGAAGUUGGAGAGCGAUCCCAGGACAAAGACUCUGCUCGCAGAUCCUACCUACCGGGAACUGAUCGAGCAGCUGCGGAACAAGCCGUCUGACCUGGGCACGAAACUGCAGGAUCCCCGGAUCAUGACUACUCUUAGCGUCCUGCUUGGAGUUGAUCUGGGCAGUAUGGAUGAAGAGGAGGAAGUUGCAACACCUCCACCACCACCUCCUCCCAAAAAGGAGACAAAACCAGAGCCAAUGGAAGAAGACCUUCCAGAGAAUAAGAAGCAGGCGCUGAAAGAAAAAGAGCUGGGGAAUGAAGCUUACAAGAAGAAGGACUUUGACACAGCCUUGAAGCACUACGACAGAGCCAAGGACCUGGAUCCCACCAACAUGACUUACAUAACCAACCAAGCAGCUGUGUACUUUGAAAAGGGUGACUAUGGGCAAUGCCGGGAGCUUUGUGAGAAGGCCAUUGAAGUGGGACGAGAAAACCGAGAAGACUACCGACAGAUUGCCAAAGCUUAUGCACGAAUUGGCAACUCUUAUUUCAAAGAAGAAAAGUACAAGGAUGCCAUCCAUUUCUACAACAAGUCUCUGGCAGAGCACCGAACCCCAGAUGUGCUCAAGAAAUGCCAACAGGCAGAGAAAAUCCUGAAGGAGCAAGAGCGGCUGGCCUACAUAAACCCUGACCUGGCCUUGGAGGAGAAGAACAAAGGCAAUGAAUGUUUUCAGAAAGGGGACUACCCGCAGGCCAUGAAGCACUACACGGAAGCCAUCAAACGGAACCCCAAAGAUGCCAAAUUGUACAGCAACCGGGCCGCCUGCUACACCAAGCUCCUGGAGUUCCAGCUGGCGCUCAAGGACUGUGAGGAGUGCAUCCAGCUGGAGCCAACCUUCAUCAAGGGUUAUACUCGGAAAGCAGCCGCCCUGGAGGCCAUGAAGGACUACACGAAAGCCAUGGAUGUCUACCAGAAAGCACUCGACCUGGACUCCAACUGUAAGGAGGCUGCAGAUGGUUACCAGCGCUGCGUGAUGGCCCAGUACAACCGACACGACAGCCCCGAAGAUGUGAAGCGGCGGGCCAUGGCCGACCCGGAGGUGCAGCAGAUAAUGAGUGACCCGGCCAUGCGGCUCAUCCUGGAACAGAUGCAGAAGGACCCGCAGGCGCUCAGCGAACACUUAAAGAAUCCUGUGAUAGCACAGAAGAUCCAGAAGCUGAUGGAUGUGGGUCUGAUAGCCAUCCGGUGA